AAAACGAAAAAAAGAUUCCGCCGACGACCCCGUUACGCGGGACAUCAGAGCGCGUUUUUUCGACAGGUUUCUCAUCGAAUAUUCAUCAAAAAUUUCAUUCGUAAAACAUUUUCUAAGUUUAUUUGAUGUUCUGAAUAUUCGUUUUGAGAGGUUUUUCUUCAAGGAUAUUUUUCUGGCGCUAAGAGAGGAAAUUCUUCGAUCAAAUCACUCGCGUAGAUAAAUUAUUCAAGAUCGUGGUGGUAUAUGUGCAAGCCUUAUAAUUAUUCUGCUUGGAAAAGCUCGUCGCCGAUUGGUCAGAUCGUGAAGACUGAAGAUUUUACCUUCUCGUCGAUGGAACUUGUCUUCGUAAUGUCGUAAACUAAGCGCAAGAAAUACCAACAUGGCUUUAGUUCUACUCCUAAAAACGUGCACCAACUUGCACGGUAAAGCUGACAGAAUCGCCAGGGUCACAUUUAGAGGUAUCACUUACCAGACCAGUGUUGUAGAGCAUUCCUCUGAAGCCGACUGGGAUGAGGAUUUUGAGUGGCCACUGGCGAGUCCUCUGGACCCCAGUGAAUUCAUCGAAAUUGAAGUUUACACAUUUAACAAAAUAUUCCAAAACAGAUUGGUUGGAGUGUUCAGAAUGGUGCUACAGAGGCUUAUCCAGGAAGGACAUCUUGAAGUGGAAGAGAGUUUAGUGGAUAUGAAUAAUACAGUUCUCAAGGCCACGGUAGCAUUAGAGCUACAAUACACCCCACCAGAAGGCAACGUCUCACAAUGGGUCAAUAACAACGGCAUGAUGACCGACGGUAUCGACGUUACACCCAAUGUAGGGUUCAUCCCAGACUAUGAAUCAGAAAUGUCCCGUACGAAGGAACGUCGAGGGUCCUUCAUCAGUCUUACUGGUGGUAAAACCGUCAAGAGCCAAUCAAUGGUCAGCUUACAAUCGUCAGGAAGUCACCGGCGGAACGACAGAAAAGAUUCAAUGCCCGCUUCUUUUAGUGGCGGGAAAUACAUCGGUGGGGGUGAUAGCCAACUGGCAAGUAUGGCAUCACCGUUUGAUGCUAUGCUGGAAGGAAACAGGGGAUUGGGUAGUAGGCGUGGCUCGCAGAAUAGUGUACACAGUGACAGAAGCAUGAGCACGAAGUGCAGCCACCAACAUCCUCGCGUCCGCGCUGACAAAAAGAUGUCGAUCAGAGAACAAGAUUAUCAGAUCCAAGUUCGUAUACACGAGGCUCGUCAGUUGGCUGGAACCCAGAUAGAUCCCGUAUGUACCGUUACCAUUGGAAACCAGAAGAAGAGUACCGCCAUCAAGGAACAAACCAACUGCCCUUUCUAUGAUGAGUUCUUCGUCUUUGACUUCAAAAUGCCAGCAACAGUGCUUUUUGACAAGAUCAUCAACUUCCAAUUCUUCACGGGGCGCAACUUGGUAACUCAAGGGGCUCUCAUCGGUGCAUUUAAGCUUGAUGUUGGUACAGUAUAUGCACAGCCUGAUCAUCGCUUCUGCAGAAGAUGGGCAGUACUCACAGACCCUGACGAAACUCUAGGAGCUUCAGGAGCUGGUAUCAAGGGUUAUUCACGUGUGGAUAUCACAGUACUUGGUAAAGGCGAUCCAGCUAAGGAACCUCCAGGCAUAAAGGACAACGAUGAUGAUAUUGAAGGAAAUCUCCUUCUACCCGAGGGUGUACCAGCAGAACGACCCAAAGCAAAGAUCAUCGUCAAGAUAUACCGUGCAGAUGGCCUUCCAAAAAUGAACACUGGUCUGAUGGCCAACGUCAAAAAGGCUUUCACAGGAGAGGUGCGAGAUCUUGUUAAUCCAUACGUGGAGGUUUCUUUUGCGGGACAUAAGGCAAGAACCACGGUCAAGAAAGGCACCUAUGAUCCAAAAUGGAACGAACAAGUUGUCUUCUCAGAACUGUUCCCACCUCUUUGUCGUCGAAUCAAAAUACAGCUUAAAGACAGUGACCCAGUCAAUGAUGAAGUGAUUGGUACUCACUACAUCGAUCUGUCAAGGAUCUCAAACGAUGGCGCAAAUGCGUACACUUUCCUCGAUCAAAAGUCAGCUGUUUACUUUUCGUCACGUGAACAUCUUGAUGCAAUCCCACAAGGAUCGUCCCCAAAGGAGUGGAUUCAUAUCCAUAGAUAUCCUACAGAUAUUGGAUUCAUGCCGACAUUUGGACCCUCCUGGGUGAACCUGUACGGCUCAACACGUGAUUACUCGCUGUUUGACGAGCACAACGAUCUCAAUAAUGGAUUGGGCGAAGGCGUUGCUUUCAGGGGACGUAUCUUGAUGGCUGUUCAUGCCGAGUUUGGUGAAUCUGCUUCAGAAUCUGGUAUUCGUCAAGUAGAAGUUGAGCCAACCCCACCCAUCUCUGAUACUGCAGCAGGUAAAGAGGAACAUUUCCAGCUGUUCGCCUGUUUCUACGAAGCCAGUAUGAUCGACAGGAAAUGUGGGGACAAGAUGAUUGGCUUUGAAAUGAGCAUUGGAAACUGGGGUAAUACGAUUGACGGACAGCCCAUCAAUGAUGAGGUCGGCGAAGAAGAUCGUCGUGAUGGUGAUAACCCAUUCAUUCAUUCCCUAACCCCUCCCGUCAGACCAGUCACCAACGAUCGUACCUACUACCACAUCCCUUGGGAAGAUUCCAAGCCCUGUACACACAUCAAGUUCAUGUGGCAAGAUCAUCGAAGACGUCUGUAUAACUCAAAUGUACUCCUGAAAAUCUGUGAAAGACUGGAGGAUGGAUUGACAGACUGCAUGGAAAGGGUGAAAAUGGACCUGCCGAAUACCUUCCGAUGGCUGAGCCGAGUACUUUCCGAACUCACCAAUGGUUGCAACCAAUACCUGAACCUGAUCAAGUCCAUGCCAACAGCAUCCCAUGUGGGACGAACCAAACUAGACCAAGAAAGACUCAAGCUCUGCCAGUACGAAGUGGAGUCUGUGUGUUCAUCAGCCCAAGAACUCAAAGCCAGCACCAAAGAUGACUCACACAUCAAAGAAAAUUUGAAAGCCGCCAACGCUCUUUUACAGAGACUUUUGAACAUCGCUGUAGAGCCUCAGGACACCAUCCCUGACGUGUUUAUUUGGAUGCUUUGUGGUGGCAAGCGAGUUGCCUAUUCAAGGAUCCCUGCACAGAACAUCGUUUAUUCUCUGGUAGAAGAAGAGAGAGGAAAGGACUCUGGAAGAAUGCAGACGGUGUUCCUCAGGUUGCCAGGUAAGCGAGGGGAUGGACCAAAAGGAUGGGCCAUUCAAGCCAAGCUCAACAUCAUGAUAUGGCUGGGCCUUCACAAACACAAGAAAGACUACCUCAAAGAUGCUCCCAAAGGAUAUCAGACACCCAAAAAUGCGCACAAGUUGAUGGCGCCUCCUCCGAACCAUCUCAUCUACACAGAAAAACAGAAGUUCAUCCUACGUGCGCAUACUUACCAAGCACGAAGUCUGAUCGGCAGCGACGCCUCUGGUUUAUCAGACGCUUUUGGUCGAGUUAUCUUCACACAUCUCGUCAGUGACACGCGGGUUAUCUGGGAGACUCGAAGCCCUACCUGGGACCAGACACUGAUAUUCCAGGAAGUGGUAUUGUGGGGAGACGUGAACGAAAUCGCAGUCAAUCCACCUACUAUUGUGAUUGAGAUCUUUGAUAAAGAUAUUGGGGGAGACUCAGAGUUCAUUGGUCGUGCUCUUGCUCGUCCCAUCGUCAAGAUGGCCUGUGAACCGUACGAGAAACCUUUCUUUCCUCCUGCCCUGGAAUGGUUUCAAGUCUGUCGUGGAGAAGAAAAUGCUGGUGAACUAUUGGCUGCCUUUGAACUGCUACAGGUUCUUUUCUGGGGAGUACGUGAGAUGAAGCGUAUCAACCUGACCACAGUAGAUCGACCCCAGGUCGAUAUUGACCUGGCUGGUCAUGUCAUCCAGUCUACUGUCAUCGCUAAUGCAAAGAAGAACCCUAACUUCCAGAAUCCUGUUUGCUUCUUUGAUGUGGAACUCCCCGAGAACGAGAGGUACUGUCCACCCUUGACAAUCCGCGUGCGUGACUGCCGAACGUUUGGUCGAUUCACGUUGGUCGGCACACACGUGCUCAACUCCCUUCAUCGUUACCUCCAGUCUGGGGAAAAAGAAAAAGAAAAGCUUGAAAUUGCUGAGACUAUUGCUAAUGGACCAUCAAGACCCAACUCGCCAUCAGGAGAUGUUGCUUUAGAAAUUGAGGAACUUCCUCCAAUGGAUAUCGAAAGCAUUGAGCUACUGGAGAAGAAAAAGAAAAGCGAAGGAGACAAGGAAAAAGACAAGAAUGAAGAAGAUGGAGAUUCGCUGGAUUGGUGGUCGCGUUACUACGAGACUAUAAAGGACCAGGAACGAUCAGAAAAAGAUGAAAACAAACCUGCCUCUCACAGCAAGAAGAAACCAAAGAAAGAAGAAGAAUCAGAAGAAGAGAAAAGAAGGAAGGCUAUCCCAAGAAUUACCAUUUUCAAGCGCGAACUGGAAGACAUGCAUGACUUCAAUGGGUUCAAUGACUGGCUUCACUCAUUCCCACUAUUCCGUGGCAAGAAAACGAGUGAAGAUGAUGACGAUGAUCACAGGAUUGUUGGGAAAUUCAAGGGUUCUCUCAAAGUCUGGAAGUAUCCUCUACCAGAGCAUGUGGAAAUGGAUCCUAUCGUUGGAACCUUCCUCAAGUUGCCCAGCAACGAACCAGUCAAUGUUCUCGUCAGGGUCUACGUCGUCAAGGCGCUCAACCUCCAUCCAUCGGACGUGAACGGCAAAGCCGAUCCUUAUCUUCAAGUCAACCUUGGCAAACACAAAGUACGCGACCGUGACAACUACGUGUCUAAGCAGCUCAAUCCUAGCUUUGGAAGAUGCUUCGAGUUUGAGGCCAUCAUUCCCAUGGACUCCAUGCUGACAGUAGGAGUCUAUGAUUGGGAUCUUGUUGGCAGCGACGAUCUGAUUGGUGAAACAAAGGUCGAUUUGGAAAAUCGCUUCUACAGCAAGCACCGGGCUACCUGUGGUUUACAAGACGCCUACGCCACAUUUGGGUUCAACAAAUGGCGUGAUCCACUAAGACCCACGCAGAUUCUUGCCAAGAUUACAAAGGAAGAGGGUCUUGACGGACCUCAUUACUCGACUGGAAGGGUUCGAUUGGACAACAAGACCUUUGUUGCUCCUUCACAGAUCCUCGAAGAAAGUGGCCAUUAUAAGCAGUCUGACGAACCCGUAGCUCUAAAAUGCCUCAAGAAUUUCCACACUUUGAAGAGAGGCUUCCACUUGGUACCUGAACACGUCGAGACAAGAUCACUUUUCAACCCCGAGAAACCAGGAGUCGAACAGGGUAAGCUCGAGAUGUGGGUUGAUAUGUUCCCGAUGGACAUGCCCUCUCCAGGAGCACCAGUCGAAAUCACUCCAAGAAAACCAACGAGUUACGAGUUGAGAGUGGUCAUCUGGAACACAGAAGACGUUCUACUAGACGAAGCCAAUCUUAUCACAGGAGAAAAGUGUUCUGAUAUCUUCAUCAAAGGGUGGCUCGAGGGACUCAAAGAAGACAAGCAACAGACAGAUGUCCAUUACAGGUCUCUCACUGGAGAAGGGAACUUCAACUGGAGGUUYAUCUUCCCAUUCCAGUACCAAAAAGCCGAAGAAAGAAUCGUCAUUACACGAAAGGCGAGUUUCUUCUCAUGGGAUGAGUCUGAAGAGAAAGUACCUGCUCGACUCCAUCUUCAAGUGUGGGAUGCUGAUGCCUUCUCUGCUGAUGAUUUCAUUGGUGAUCUGUGUCUGGAUCUAACGCGCAUGCCCAGAGGAGCUAAGACUGCUAAGUCAUGCACCCUGGAUCUGAUGAAACAGGAUGGCAGUAUUCCCCAAGUGUCAUUCUUCAAGAUGAAACACAUGAAAGGAUUCUGGCCGUUCAUCGUCAACACAGACGAGGAAGUUGCUGAACUUGCAGGAAAAGUGGAAGCAGAACUGGAGUUGCUGACUCAGGAAGAAGCCGAGAAGAAACCCGCUGGACGGGCACGAGAAGAUCCGCAGGCUCUUGAGAAGCCAAAUCGUCCUGAUGCCACCUUCAUGUGGAUGAUGAAUCCCCUCAAGUCUCUCAAGUACAUGUUGUGGAACAACUAYAAGAUGUGCUUGCUCAAGUUCCUGGUCAUCGGUCUUCUCGUUGCUCUCAUGGGACUCUUCUUCUACUCUAUGCCGGGCUACACGGUCAAGAAAAUCUUCGGGGCUUGAACCCCAGUCAUCUUCUCAGUCUCCUCAACCAACAAUUCUUUAUUUAAUUCGCUAUAUGCAGGGCAUAUAUUUAUUUAAGAUAACCAAAAACAAUGGGAAAUAAUUUCUCAAAGGGACAAAAUCUAACUAACACAUCGUAUCCUUAACUGACUUAAAUCCAUUGAUUGGGUGUCUUAUGUCCGCCAUAAUUUUGUCGUUUGAAUCGAAAAAUAAUUUCAAGUUAACGCAUCGUGCUCCACACAGUCGCUAUAAGUUUAAUAUUAUAUAUCACAUAUAUAUAUAUAUAUAAAUCAGAGUUAUUUUUUUACGUCAGUAAAAGUUUUCGUUUUGUAUUUUCAGUUUUAUAGCUAAGUUUAUUAUCGGUUAAUUUUCGUAAAUGUUUUUUUUUAAUCAAAAAAUUGUUGGCCGUUUUUUUUACAUCAAAAGAAUUGUCAAGGGUCUGUUUCUGUUUUUAUUGGUCUUUCUUUAAGAAAUAUUUAUUUCACAGAUCUGAUUGGCUGAAUAACCGUGACGUCACAACUGCUUCGGUGCUAUCCCAUAGUGCCUUCUGGUCGUUCRACGCAAAAGCUAUUUCCCUCCAGCGCAGUAAGGUCGCUAUGAUUAACUCGGAAAGAUAUUAAGAGUAUAAUGAUGCUUUUAAAGCAUUGAUGCUUUCUCCGUUAAAGAUACAAAAUUAUAUAUUSUGAUUCUAAAGGUGAUCAAAUUAUCAAAUUAUAAACCUCAAGAGAGGUGGGAGUUUUUUGUAGAUUUGGGUCGUAUUGCAACUUCUAGGGGAAUCUAAUACCACGCUGCACAGUUAGAAGUUAGAACCGAUUUCAUUACGACACGCGACUUGUCGUAUACGUCAAAAAAAAUAUUCCGAAACUAUUGCCUAUCUAUUGGUCGGGUUUUGACCAAUAAAAUAUCAGCUUUUUGUUGCAAACUUUUCUUCCUUUCUACUUGCAGAAUGCCGAGUAAGUGUAGAGGUAUAGCAGCUAAAUCAUUCUAGAAUAUACUCUUUGGAUUUUWAUUGAUGGUGCUUGGGUCACAGAAAUAUUUUGAGUGAUCCCAUUGAUCUUAAAACUCCAAUCUACUUCUAAUAAACUAUCAAUUCYUAUUAAUAUAAUUUGAAUAUAAUCRUGGGAUACUCGUUUCAGCUUGUGAAGUGUUUAGUUGCUACAAAACGUUGUGCGUUCGAAGCAAAGAAAAAAUCCUCAAAUUUGUUCUCCAAAUUUUUAUUUGUUUUUUUUAUAUUUCAGUUGACAAAUGAGCGGCAGAAAGCAUGAGUAACAGAUCCUUUUUAUAAUUGUAAUAAUCAUAUGCAAAAAAGCACUUAGCCUCUCUUAUGUGCAUGGAAAAUGUGCAAUAUUGUUUCAUUGCGUCAUUGCAAGGCUUGGUAUUUUGCAGAUGAAUAGCACAUUUAUUCAAAGGGUCCGUGGGAGUGUGCUGAUACGAUGUAUAUACAAGGAAAACGAGAUGUACUCAAUGAGUUGUACAUAGAAAGAGCCUGAAACGAGUAUUGGUUAAUAAUCAAUUAAUUAUUAAUUGAUUGGUUAAUAUUGGUUAAUAAUCCUGUAAGACUGGGGACUCGAACAAUUGGGUAACAUAUACGACCAUCAUUGGAUAUAACGUGGGGUCAAUUYAAUAGUCUUAGUGGUAGUCUUUCAAGUUAUCAAUGUUUGGUUGGCUAUCCCUGGGAAUAGAAAUCAAGUCCUGAAGCAGAAUUGUUGCAUUUGAUUCUAGUUAUUCCUAACUCUUUUUUUCACUGAUUAUUCUCAAAGAUCUUUUCACUCCAUGCUUAUCAUCGUCGGUCAAAAGUAAUGAAUCUGUGAAGCAGUGGUCUUAAUUUCAAAAGUUAAUACCAGCGUUUCAUGGAUUUCUYGGGAUUUCUUUCGCUUAGGGAUAAUUGAACAGGUUACCCAGAGUUCAUCUAACUUAGUAUUAAUAACAGUUAUAAACGUAGAAAAAGGUUACCAUAUGCUGUGAGAACAAAUAAAGUGAAUUCAAGGGAA